AUAUGUAUAUCAAUGAAGGAGGCCGAAUCGUCUUGGAAGAACUCUCGUCUUACUAUGGUUUUGAUGGCUUUCAUGUGGAUAUAAGUGAACACUCUGCAGUGAGGUUGCACAAAAGCAGGAUAGCUCCAGACACAUCACACACUAAUUUGAUCAGAGAUUGGAACUCGCUGAUGCACCGUACACGCUUGGAUAAAAGCCAUCUCAUACAGAUUUAUGAUGCCCUCAGGCUUGAUUGUUUCAUGGACAUUAAGUAUAGGAUGACAUAUAGCCAAUGUCAUUACAGCCGAGGCAGUGUAUUUGUAUGGACAGAGGAGUCAACCCUUCCUGUGUUGGUUGGCAAGAUAUUAAUUGAGCCAAUUGAAUGGGAAGUAACAUGGGAUGACUUUUCAAUGCCCUUUUCUAUGUGCAGUGGAUCAUUUAUCAUUCAUAAUUUGUCUGUCAUUCAGGAGCACUCUCUUCACAUUGCACCCCGGGACCAUGGGUCAUCCAAAUAUUAUGCAAAAACACAGCAUAUGGUGUACUCAUGGUUUGCACAAGCUUCACGACUGUCAUUGUCCUCUUCUCAGAAUGUAAGGGGUCUUGAUCGUAGGAUGCAUGACCUGAAAUACGUCGGAGGUUGGUGUAGCAUAAAGAGGAACUGGGCAAUAUACUGACCAAAGUCCAGUGUGUCAACACAUGUCCUUCUACCUUCGUAUAACACCAUGUUAUGACCCCUUCCAGUUACUGGACACGUUUAUGGUGGACAACGAAGAUACAUUUGGUCCCUCGCUAACAAUCUGUGAACCUCAUGUUGAUUCACAAUCCAACAUAAUCUCCCGGCCAGUCAUUCAUUGGUUUUGUGACUCAAGUCUAUCCAAUGAGAUAUCUGUCAAGGAAGCGGAAGCUCUUUUCGGAAUUCAAGU